AUGUCGGGCGCACGACACUGGGAGCAAGAUAAAGACAGCACUCUGUAUGUCGGCAACCUCGACGAGCGAGCUACAGACGCCCUAGUCUGGGAGUUGAUGCUCCAAGCUGGUCCAGUAAUUAACGUCCACUUGCCCAAGGACCGCGUCACGCAACAGCACCAGGGAUUCGGAUUCGUCGAGUUUGGAAGCGAGGAUGACGCUGAUUAUGCGGUCAAGAUCAUGAAUCAGAUUCGAUUGUGGGGGAAGCCGAUACGUGUGAACAAGGCAUCUGCGGACAAGCGGGGCGGAGAGAAUGGAGGUCUGGGUGGUGGGCAAGGAGUUGGAGCAGAGCUUUUCGUCGGCAAUUUGGACAGUCUGGUGGAUGAGAAGGUGCUGUAUGAGACAUUCAGUCGGUUUGGGCCUCUGGUUGCUGCGCCCAAGGUCGCGAGGGACGACAGCAAUCUCAGCAAAGGAUAUGGCUUCGUGUCGUACGCUACCUUUGAGAGUUCGGAUCAGGCGAUUGAGCACAUGCAUGGGCAAUACCUCAUGAACAAGGAGAUUACGGUCCAAUAUGCGUACAAGAAGGACGGCAAGGGUGAGCGACACGGAGACGCGGCGGAGAGAGCGCUGGCAGCACAGGCGAGAAAGCACGGCGUGGAGGUGCAAAUACCCGCAUUACCAGCAGCCCUCGUCAUGCCCAGCAACACCCCAUCCCAACCGGCGGCCAUGAACGGCGGCUACCCUCCAGCAGGACCACCCAAUGGGAUACCCAACAGACCAACACCGCAGCCUCCGCCAGCAUUCGGCGGCUAUGCGUACGGCGCACCGCCCACCCCAACAGGCUUCGGCGGUCUCCCAACACCCACAAACACAGGCACAAUCUCGAACGGCCACCCUCCGCCUCCAACUCGACAGUACACGCAAUCCCCCCUCCAAGCACCGCCUUCGAAUGCCGGCUUGCCUGCGCGUCCACCUACGAUCAACGCGGGCUACGGCGGUCCUAUGAAUGCUCCGGGCAUGAAUCAGAACUUUCAGGGUCAGCCUCCCACACCGACAGGUUUCCCUCCUGCACCGCCGCCGCCUGGCUUGCCGGCGCCUCCUGCUGGAUUUCCGCAAGGGUUCAGGCCGCCGACUGGAUUUCCACCUGGUCAGAGAUAG